AUGCACAAGCUGUUUGCACCCAGACAGUCCCUUCGGCCAACAGAAGUAGAGCAUUCUAUUCUUGAAGACCUACGGAACCGCGUACAGUUGAGUAGUAUCGCGCUGCCUUCAGUCAGCUUCUAUACGUUUAUUAACACGCAUAAUGGUUUGAACUGUUCAUCAAUAUCUGCAGAUGGAUCCAUGGUUGCUGGUGGAUUUUCUGACUCAUCACUGAAGGUCUGGGACAUGGCAAAGCUUGGUCAACAAACUGGCAGUUCUAUUUUGCAGGGUGAGGAUUCGGCUUCAGGUGAACAUGAGCUUGGACCACAUGAUGGGAGAAGAUCUUAUACAUUAUUUCAAGGUCAUUCUGGACCUGUUUACUCGGCCACUUUUAGUCCAUUCGGGGAUUUUCUUCUGUCCUCUUCAUCAGAUUCAACAAUUCGAUUGUGGAGCACUAAAUUAAAUGCCAAUCUUGUCUGCUACAAGGGUCAUAAUUACCCUGUAUGGGAUGUUAAGUUUAGUCCAGUAGGACAUUAUUUUGCCAGCUCAUCACAUGACCGAACGGCAAGGAUUUGGUCUAUGGACAGAAUACAGCCUUUAAGAAUAAUGGCAGGGCACUUGUCUGACGUUGACAUGUUUAAGGCCUAA